CUUGUUUCUGGUCAUCCACUUCGAAUUACCGUCUUCACCACCUGGCUUUUCAUCUCCUGUUCCUACUACAACCCAGAGAGUGGUUGAAGUGCUGUCAUGAGUCGUGGUACAAUUACCCGUGGUGGACAGAAGAGGUUCUGUGGGGAAAGUAAGUCAGAGGAUAGUGGAUUGGGUGAGAAGGGUGUCAAGACCCAGGGUGAAGAAGAGGAUGUGACUUACUUGCAAAAAGGAAAGUCAGAGGAUUGUGGAUUCGGUGAGAAGAGUGUGGAGACCCAGCAUAAAGAAGAGGAGGUGAGUUCCUUGGAAAAAGGAAAGUCAGAGGAUAGCGGAUUGAUUGAGAAGAGUGUGGAGACCCAGCAGGAAGAAGAGGAGGUGAGUUCCUUGCAAAAAGGAAAGUCAGAGGAUAGUGAUUUGGGUGAGAAAAGUGUGCCAACCCCACGUGAGAAUGAGGAGGAAAGGUUCUCAGAGAAAGUAAACUCAGGGGAUAGUGGAUCAUAUGAGUGGGGAUCGAUGCACACAGAUGAAGUAGAGCAGGAACCCACGGUGACAUCUUUCUGAGGCCCAAAAAAGAUGCCAGAAGACAUGGAUGUCACAGUUCCAGUGGAUGACCAGGACAUCCAACUGCCACGUCUGGACAGAUGUUCAAAGUUUUUAUGGUUUCAUCAUUUCAAGUUUGUGUUGGGGGGGGGUACCCUUAAAGGCUUAGUCACAAAAAAAGUUCAAAACACCCUUCAAGGAAACAAAGUUCUUUAUGUUUUUGCUAAAUAAGACUUUUUUUAUGACGCAUUUGUUAAUAUCUGUGU